AUGGAUAACUAUAAUUUAGAUAAUAAUAGUGAAGAUGUAGCAAUUAUUGGUGUUGGAUUUCGUUUACCAGGUGAUUCUAAUACACCUGACCAGUUUUGGGAAAAUUUAAAAAAUAAAUUCAAUGGUAUUGUUGACGCUACACAAGAAUAUCAAAGAUGGAGCGAAAAUCAUGUUUAUACAGGAGAAAUAAAAAGUAAAAAUGCUGGAUUGGUAUCAAUUGAUGAAUGGAAAUCAUUUGACCCAUUAUUAUUCGGUAUUGCUCCAAAUGAGUUGGGAAUAACUGAUCCACAACAAAGACUGUUACUCAAAUCAACAUUCGAAGCAUUGGAAGAUGCAGGUCUUGACCCAAUACAAGGAAUGAGAGGUACCAACACUAGUGUGUACAUCGGUGCCACCACUAUAGACUAUAAAAUGACAGCCUAUACUGAAAAAGAUAAUAGUAUCAAUUCUUUAAUUAGUAAUUUACAUACAAUGUCAAAUCGUAUUUCAUACUGUUUCGAUUUUCGUGGUCAAUCGUUAACUUUAGAUACUGCCUGCUCAAGCUCUUCAAAUGCAAUACAUCUUGGUUAUAAAUCCAUUGUCAAUGGAGACUCUGAAUAUUCAAUUGUCGGUGGUUCCAAUUUAAUAAUAGAUACACUAUACACAAAAGCUGUAUCAUAUCUAAACAUGGCAGGCGCCGGGGGGUAUUGUAAAACAUUUGACUCUGCUGCAGAUGGGUUUGUACGUGCAGAAGGUUGUGGUGUGCUUGUAUUAAAAAAAUUAUCAAAUGCCAUCAAAGAUGGCAACAAUAUAUACUGCGUUAUCAAAGGUGCAAACUCUAAUGCCGAUGGUACUUUCAACAAAACAACAUUUUUCGCACCAUCCAAAUAUGCACAAAAUGCAAAUCUUGAAAAAGUAUUAUUAGACAGUAAAACAAACCCAAGUGAUAUUGACUACUUUGAGUGCCAUGGUACUGGUACUCCAACAGGUGAUCCAAUAGAAACUGAAGCAAUAUCAAUGUCAUUAAAAGAUCAUCGUUCAAACAACUCUCCAUUAUUAAUUGGUUCAGUAAAGUCCAACAUUGGUCAUUUAGAACCUGCAUCAGGUGUUGCAUCAAUCAUUAAAUGCUGCUUAAUGUUCAAACAUCGUCAAUUUGCACCAAACAUUCACUUUAAUAACCCAAAUCCAAAUAUAAAGUUUAAUGAAUGGAAUAUCAAAGUUGUAACAGACCUAACUCCAUUCCCAAAAAACAAAUUAGUAACAAUCGGUGUAAAUAAUUUCGGCGCAACAGGUUCAAAUGUUUGUAUAAUCUUAAAAGAAUAUAAUCAACAAUUACAACUACAAACAUCUCAAAAAUCAAAAAAUGAAAUAAACUAUUUAAUUCCAUUUUCUGCAAAUUCAAAAACAUCAUUAGAAGACUACAAAUCAAAAAUUUUAAAUAAUAUAUCCAACUAUUCAAACAAAAUUGAAUUUAACGAUUUCAUUAAACAUCAAGUAUUUUGUAAAUCACCAAACUUUUUACAAAGAUCAGUUAUCAGUGCCAAAGAUUGGAAUAGUUUCAAUGAUAACUUUAAAAAUCAAAUCAAAACCUCAAGUAAUAAAUCAUACAAUAUUUUACACAAACACUCAAAUCCAGAAAUUAUUUUUGUUAUGUGUGGUCAAGGCCCUCAAUACACCAGCAUGGCACUCAAACUAUAUGAAAACAAUACAAUAUUUAGAAAAUCAAUGGAUAUGAUAAAUGAAAAAUUGAGCAAACACGCUGGAUUCAAUAUUUUAGAAAAACUUAGAUCAAUCGACCCCACAGAUAAGAAAUCAAUUAACGAUCCAUUAAUCGCUCAAACAUCAUUAUUUAUCGUUCAAUUUUCAUUAAUAGAACUAUAUAAACAUUGGGGAAUUAAACCAUCUAUUAUCGUUGGUCACUCUUUUGGUGAGUUGGCAUCCACAUUUUGUUCUGGUAUGAUCAAUUUAGAAGAAGCCUGCUUUUUAGCUUACCAAAGAGCAAGAAUACAAAGUUUAACAGUAACAAAUAAUCAAGAUAAAUCUUUAAAUUCAAGAAUGCUUGUAAUUAAUAUUAGUGAAGAACAAUUCAAUCAAAAGUAUUCAUCUAGAUAUCCAGAUAUUACAAUUUGUUGCUAUAACUCACCUUCAUCGAUUGUUGUCGGAGGUAAUGAAGCUAAACUAAUUGAAAUUCAUAACGAAUCAAAAUCAAACGGUAUAUUCUCAGCAUUUCUUGGUGCACAAACAGCAUUCCAUUCAUCAGCUCAAGAAAGUAUAAAGGAUCUUGUUUAUUCUUUAAAACAAAUUAAAUAUAACAAACCAACUAUUCCAACAUUUUCAACAGUAACAGGUGAACUAUUUGGUAAUAAUGAAAUUGAACCUCCUGCUUCACAUUAUAUCUAUUCAAAUAUUAGAGAACCAGUAAUGUUUAGUAAAGCAAUUGAAAAUAUAUUCAAUCAUAUUGAAACUCAAAAUAAAAACAAUAGAGCAAUAUUUUUAGAGAUUUCACCACAUCCAACUUUAUCAUAUUAUAUCAAACAAAUGAUACCAAAAGAAUCAAAUUAUUUUAGUGAAGAUUCAAUAACAGUAAUAAGCUCGUUAAAUAAAAACAAAGAUGAUACUCAAGAAAUUCAAAACACAAUUUCACAACUAUAUUGCAAAGGCUAUAAUGUCAAUUUUAAAUCACAGUUUAUAAAUGAAGAUAUUUAUUUACCAUCAGUAAUAUCAAAUACAUCAAUCCUACCAAGAUAUCAAUGGGAUAAUAAUCAAUAUUGGUCAGAAAGUGAUAGAUCUCUCAAAGCCAGAACUGAAGGACCAUCAAUUGAUCAAAAAGGGUUCUCCAUCAACUCAAAUCAAACUAUCUACGAAUCAUUUAUAGAUAUCAAUAGACCACCAUUUGAAUAUUUAAAAGGACACGUUGUAAAAGAUAAAUAUUACUUCCCAGGUUGUGGAUAUAUUGAUAGCCUUGUAUCAAUUUUCAACUCUAAAGAUUUUAUUAUACCAUAUUUAGAAUUUAAGACACCUUUAAUCUUAAAAGAAAAAGAAGUCAAACAUUUACAAACAUCAAUAACAAAAACCUCAAGAAAUGAAUACAAAGUUAGUUUUAGCUUCAAAGACAAGAAUGAAUGGGUAGAAACAUCUCUUGGUAAAAUUCAUGUUUUCAAUUUUGAAACACCAAUUGAAAAACUUAAUUUUGAGAAAUUAAAAUUAAAAUGUGGCAACACAAAACUUUCAAAAGAUGAAUUAUACACACACAUCAAAUCUAAAACCGGAUUAUCAUACUUAAAUCAUUUCAAGAGAGUUGAAGAAUGCUAUCAAGGCGAUGGAUGCACAUUUUCAAAGAUAUCAUUAAAUCCAUCAAUUACAAGCUUUAAAAAGUCAUUCCUAGAUCCAUCAAUUAUUGAUACAACACUUCAUGGUUUCCUAUCAUAUAUCGAAGAUCCAUGUCAAAUUGUAUUGGAUAGAGUCGAAGACUACAGAAUCUAUUCCACAAAUAUUCCAAGCGAUAUUUCAAAUCAUACACAUAUCUAUUGUUAUUCAGAGUUUUUAGGUAAAUUUGGAGAAUCUUUAACUUCAUCACUCAAAAUUAUGUUAGAUGAUGGUACUGUCAUCAUUGAAGCAGAUAAAGUUGUAUGUACAUCAUUAAUACCAAUUAGAGAUCCAUUGCAAAUCCAAAAUCCAAACAAUGAACUAUUUUCAAUGUAUUGGCAAGAACGUGAUUCAUUAGUCCAAAAAUCAACACUCAAUAACUUAUCAUUCAAUAAUCCAGAUUAUGACAACAAUAUUCUAACAAUCAUUGAAAAUUCAAUUAUACCAAUUAAAAAUGAAAAAGCAAUAUUCAGAAUACUUCAAAUAUCAAAUAACUAUGAACUAUCAACAAAUAUCAUCAAUUUGAUCAACACAACACUAUCAAACAAUUCAGAAAUUGAUAUUGAGUUUUCAAUCGGUUUAGAAUCCAACCAAGAAAUUAAAGAUAUCAAAUCACAACUACCAUCAUUUAAUGGAAGUUUAUUAUUAAAAGAAAUUAAUUUAAAUCAAGCAUUAAUUGAAAAACAACAAUUAAAAUGCAACUACUAUGAUAUUAUAAUUUUACCAAAACAAUUACAAACAACAUCAAAACUAAUCAAAGACACUGAAAUAUUCAACAUUUUAAAUCCAAAAGGAUAUUUAAUUCAUAACAGUAAUCAAAGUGACGAAGAAUUAAAUGAAAUUGGUUUUGAAUUUAAUAACUUUAUCAAUCCAAUUACAAUUUCACAAAAACCAUCAGUUUUAUCAAAUAAUAACUCAAUUCCAAUAUAUGAUAAUAUUUUUAUUUUCGGUGAAAAUAGCUCAAAUGAAUCAAACAAAUUUAUUGAAACCAUUCAAAACUCAUAUAGCAAAUCAAAUAUAAGCAAAUCCCAAAAUAGCAAAAGACUAAAAAUGUCAUAUAAAGAUAAAAGAAUUUUUCUCAUUCCAAAUAUAGAUGAAUUUAAUUUACACUCAUCAAAAAUCACAGAUAACUCAGUAAUUUAUUUCAUUACAACCAUUAAUCAAAUUAAAAAUCAAAAUGAUAUUGCCAGAGUUACAUUGGACUAUGUUAAUAUUAAUCAACAUCUAUUAAAAAAUAAACUAUCAACAAAACACAUAAUAGUUUCUACAUAUUGUCAAAAAGAAGCACUCAACUAUACAUGUUCAGCUGUAAUCGGUGCAAGACGUUAUUUCGAAGAAUUUAUUGAUCUCAGACUAUUUUCAAUUGACUUUGAUAAUGAAUCAUUACUUUCAAACAAUGUAAUCGAAAAUAUUGAAUGUUUAACAAGCACAUAUCAACAUUCUGAAUAUUUAAUUAGAAAAAACAUUCCAUAUUUUGAAAGAAUUAAAAAAGAAUCAAAUUUAAAAGCCAAAUUUAAAUCAACAUCGUAUCAAGAAAACAAUGGAUUAUUAGCAAAACUUGAUCCAAAUCUUCAAUACAAAUUAGCCCCAAAAAAAGUACUAAACCCAGACUAUGUAGAGGUUAAAACUGAAGCAUUUUGUAUCAAUUUCAAAGAUAACUUAAUUUAUCGUGGUUUAGUUCCAGCAGAACUUAUUAAUUCAAAAGGAGAUAUUAGUGACCCAGAAUUUGGUUUCGAGUUUUCAGGAAUUAUUACAAGAAUUGGUGAUAAUGUUACCGAAUAUAAAAUUGGUGAUCAAGUAUUUGGCUAUUCAACAUGUGCGGCCUCUACUCAUAUAUAUCCUCACAAAAAUAAUAUUUUCACCAAACCAAACAAUAUUAGUUUUGUUGAAGCCUCAUCAAUUCCUGUUGUUUACAUGACCUCUCUUUACUGUCUUUUUAAUAUUGGUAAUUUAAAUAUUGAAGAAAAAGAGACUGUUUUAAUACAUACUGGUACAGGUGGUGUCGGUUUAUCUGCACUCAAUAUUUUAAAAUGGAAAGGAUUUAAAUCACACUUGUUUGUUACUGUUGGUUCAAAAGAAAAAGAAGAUUAUCUAAGAGAACAUUAUGGAUCAUUAAUUACAGGUAUUUACUCCACAAGAAAUAUUAACUAUGUAAAAGAAAUCAAACAGAAACUAAAACAACUUGGCUCUCAAAAAGAUGGUGUAGAUUUAAUUUUAAACACAUUUUCAAAUGAAUUUAUGGAUGCAAACUUUAAAUGUUUAUGUAAGGGCGGUAGAGUUGUAGAUGUUUCAGUAACACAUUUAAAUCCACAUGAAUACACCGAUUAUAACAAAUUCAAAUACAAUAUUGGUUACCAUGCUGUGGAGAUGUCUAGAUUAAAUAGUGAACCAAUUAGAAUUCUAUUAAAACAACUAUCAUAUGGUUUUUCAACCCAAGGUUUGGAACUUCUACCAAUUAAAGAAUUUUCAGUUAACAAUGUCAAAGAGGCUAUUGAAUUUAUCAAUGAAAGGAAACUUAUUGGUAAAAUCUCAGUUAAAAUGGAUAGUGAUGUUUUAACUCCUCUUUUAGAAAAUAAUAAUCAAGACUACAACUGUUUAAAACCAGAUUAUAAAAUCAACCAUGAAAGUUUAGGUAAAACUGUUUUAGUUUCUGGUCAAACAGGUCUUAUCUUAGAAAUAUUAAAAUGGAUUUCAAAAUUCUCAACAUCUGUCGAAACUAUAAUUAUUUUAUCAAAAUCGAAGAAAAGAUGGGAAAUUGAAAAACUCGUUAGCGGUUCAAAGAAUAAUAUCAAAUAUAUAUUUAAGAGUUGUGAUAUUGGUGAAUAUGAGUCUAUCAAAAAAUCAAUACAAGAAAUCUAUUUUGAAAAUAAACAUAUUGGUCAAGUGGAAUCUAUUUUCCAUUUCGCUUUUCAAUAUGUUAAUCACGAACCAUUAGAAGUCAGUAAAAACGAUUUAUAUGCAUCAUUAAGCGCAAAAUCGUUUGGAGCAAUGAAUCUACACAACUUAUCAUUAGAGAAACAAUGGGAAUUAAAACAAUUUAUAUUAGCUUCCUCAGUUACUGCAAUUUUUGGAUCACCAAUUCAAGUUGGAUAUACAAGUUCAAAUUACUUUUUAGAUGCACUUGCAAGACACAGAAGAUCAUUAGGUUUACCAGCAAUUUCAACAUUUUGGGGUCUUUUCGAAACUGCAGGUUUUAUUUCAAAACAACGUUCAAUUGCAAGAUUUAUUGAAAACAUGGGUUUUACACCAAUUACUGUAAAUCUAUUAUUAGGAUCUCUAGAUCUUUUUAUUCAAAAUCAAGAAAUCUCCAACAGUCUUUCUGUAAACAUUUUCAAUGACUCUAUCGAUAGUUACGCAAACAAACCAGCCAACAGCAAAAUUGAUUUUAUUUCAAAUGCAAUUCAAUCUAAAAACAAACAACUAUCUGGUGAAGACUCAGGAGCAACUCAAAUAGUAAUUGAUAAAAUUUCAGAACUCUUAACAAUUGAAGCAUCAAAAAUCAAUCAUGACUGCCGUUUAAUUGAUCUUGGAUCAGACUCUAUGGUUAUAAUUUCACUUAAAAACUUUAUAGAUUCAAACUACACUCAAAACCUAUUUACAAUUUCACAAUUGCAAACCCUAACAAUUGGUGUGAUUAUCCAAAAUAUUUUGAAAUCUCUAAAUGGCAAUAAUAAUAAUAAUAAAAAUAAAAAAACCAAUAAUGUAAAACCAAAUAAUCAAAAGAUAAUUAGCAACAAUAACAAUAGAGAGUUUUGGGAAAAAGAAAUUAAAUUAAACAACACAGUCAAAAAUUUGGCAAAUACUUCAAUAGAUUUUAACAAACUUUUAGCAAAUGACUUAAAUGUCCUUUUAACUGGUACAUCUGGUUAUUUAGGUGUUUAUUUGUUAUCGAAUUUAUUAAAAAGAUCAAAUUGCUCAAAAAUCUAUUGUUUAGUUAGAAAUAAAAAAUCAAAUAAUGAAGCAUUAGAAACAAUUAUAAACAACUUAAAAUAUCAUGGAUUAUAUGAACAAAUAACAGCAAAUGAAUUUAAAAAGAUUGAAAUUAUUUUAGGUGAUAUUUCCAUUCAACAAUUUGGCCUUCAAGAUGAACAAUAUAAUAAUAUAGCUUCGAAUAUCAAUUUAAUUAUAAAUUGCGGUGCCUAUACCAAUUUAAUAUCUCCAUAUUCAGAAUGUAAACCAAUUAACGUUGCAUCAACAUAUGAAAUGCUUAAAUUUGCAAGCCACAAUGAAAAACUAAUUAAACCAAUUAUUCACAUUUCAUCAUUUUCAAUAUUCACAAAUAUUCAAAAAGAAGAAUUUGAAGACUCAUUCAUACCAUCAGUCGACCAAAUUGAACAAUGUGAAAACGGUUAUGGUCAAUCUAAAAUCGUUUCAGAAUAUUUAGUCAGAGAAGCUUCAAACAGAGGAAUACCAUCAAUUAUAUUAAGAUUACCAUUUAUAUUUGCAAAUCCAUCCACUGGCAUCGGAAAUAAAAAUGACCUUAUACAACUAUUUAUCCAUGCUUGUUAUAAAUUAAAAAUAUAUCCAGACCAAUUUAAAGUUUUAACUAAUUUGGCACCAAUUACUUGGAUUUCCGACAAUGUAUGCAAAAUGAUAUUAAAUGCAAACUGUUGGGAAAACAACUCCUCCAAAACAUACAACUUAAUCAGUGACACAUUCAAAAUCGGCGAUGUAUUAGAACAACUUUCAAAAGAAUUUAAUUUACAAAAACUUGACUACAAUGAUUGGAAAUCAAGAUUAAUUGAAUCAAAAAAUGAAUCCUGUAGUAAAAUAUUAUUUUUAGAACCACAAAGAAAAUAUUUCACACCAAAUCUAAAAGCAACCAGUUCAACUAUCAAAUUAUUAGAAUCAAUGAAUUCAAACUACAAUGAUUCAUUUGUUACAAUCAAUAUGAUAAAAAAUCAUUUAAAUUUUUAUUUUAAAUAA